GCUUUUAUCGGGGCUCUGUUGCUCUCCCCUGACGUCACGUACGUCCAGGAAAAUAAAUCGAGUUUCCCAGCGCAGGCGGAGGAGACAACACACUUAUUAAAGCAGGAAUGUUUCGUAACCAGUACGACAACGACGUGACGGUGUGGAGCCCGCAGGGCCGCAUUCAUCAGAUCGAGUAUGCGAUGGAGGCGGUCAAACAGGGAUCCGCCACCGUGGGCCUCAAGUCCAGAUCGCACGCGGUGCUGGUUGCACUAAAGAGAGCCCAGUCGGAACUGGCCGCCCACCAAAAGAAGAUCCUUCACGUGGACAACCACGUUGGCAUCUCCAUCGCUGGACUGACCGCUGACGCAAGGCUGCUCUGUAACUUCAUGCGUCAGGAGUGCUUGGACUCGAGAUUCGUCUUCGACAGGCCGCUUCCCACAUCGCGACUGGUCUCCCUUGUUGGCAGCAAAACCCAAAUCCCCACACAGCGGUACGGGCGGAGGCCCUACGGCGUGGGGCUCCUCAUCGCUGGCUACGACGAUAUGGGACCCCACAUCUUCCAGACCUGCCCCUCGGCAAACUACUUUGACUGCAAAGCCAUGUCCAUCGGAGCGCGCUCCCAGUCUGCCCGCACCUACCUGGAGAGGUGCAUGGAGAAGUUCCUGGACUGCAACCUGAACGACCUGGUUCAGCAUGGCCUCCGAGCCCUGAGAGAAACCCUCCCAGCCGAGCAGGACCUGACCACCAAGAACGUGUCCAUCGGCAUCGUGGGGAAGGAGAUGGAGUUCACCAUUUAUGACGACGACGACGUGGCUUCCUUCCUGGAGGGCCUGGAGGAGAGGCCCCAGAGGAAGGUGGCCCCCCCGGCGGACGAGCCCGCUGCGGCUGUCGCCGAGGGACCGGACGAGCCCAUGGAGCACUGACCGGAGACCUGCGUCCCGUCCACCCUCAGACCAACCUGACACGUAGCCCCCCCACCCCCCACCCAGAGGAGGGUUCGUCUGAUGUGCCACUCGAUAAAUUGUUAACCCCAAAAUAGUUUCUGCUAACGCAAGCCCAUGUGAUGUUGCUUUUGUAUGGGCCGACUUUAUUCAAACAAUAAACAAAUCCUUUUUUGAAUUGGGCUUCUGCUCUUUUUUUUUUUUUUUUUUUUUUUGUACAACGAUCGUUUUUUAUUUUAUCAAUAAAACUUAAAUCC